GAUCCAAUCCCCAAUUUUACCCUUUCUCGACUAAUCAAUCAAUCCCUUCCAUUUCUAAGCCAGUAGCCGCCGUUUCGCCGUCACCCCGUCGAUUUCAUCCGAGUUCCUAAAUUUUGUUCCUCGUCUCUUUCGCCCGCCAUUCAAUCGCCUUCUCUUCUUCUCCUCAUUUCUGCCGCGUAUUCUUGUCUGCCUUCGUCGUCCUCCAAGACAGGGAAUCGUAUUGUUUUCUCCUUUUACGACUUUGUCGGUGGCUUUGUUUCCAAUCUCAUUGACGUUGCACCAACUUGUUCUGAUUUCAUUGAAUAGAGUUUUUCCUCUGCUCAUAUUCACAGAAAAUGCAAGCCCUUCUUCGUGCAUUUACACAGCUCUCAGUCAACAUCAACAAUAAAACUGGAUCGCUCCACAACCUUGCUCCUUUCUUUGCAUUUAAAAAUUCCUUUUCUACACAUAAUAAUGAUAGUGGGAGCAAAGACUCAGAUUGGACUGCUGAUUUUGGCGGAACUGGGUCUUCAACAUCUGACCCAUUGAAUUGGGACUUGGGUGCCUCCUCCUGGUCUACUGGACUUACCAAGGAGCACUUUGAUGGUGAAGUAAUUGGGCAAAAGGUGGCUUCAGAUCCACGUCAAAGCCCAUCCCAUGGGGGUCAUUUGGGUCAAUCCCGUCAGGGUGGAAGCUAUUCAGAUGCUAGGUGGACCGAUGUAGAGAUGGAAAAAGUAAGGGAAUUGGAGGCAGCAAAUCGCAGGGGUGCCUCAUUUGUAGAUAGCUGGGAUAAUAAAAUGAAUGAGAUGACCGUCUUGAUGAAGCAGGUGAGGGAGCCUGGAGCCAGGGGGUCAUACUUGAUGGAUUCAGAGAAGGCAGAAAUGUAUAAAAAGCACAAGGAAAAUCCUGAGGUUUACACUGUGGAGAAGUUAGCAAAAGAAUACAGGAUAAUGAGACAACGAGUGCAUGCAAUUCUAUGGCUGAAGGAGCUAGAAGAGGAGGAGGAAAAGAAGCUUGGACGCCCAUUAGAUGACUCUAUUGAGUUGUUGCUUGAUAGUUUCCCCGAGUUCUUCAUCUCUCACGACAGGGAGUUCCAUGUUGCAUCUCUGCCAUAUAAGCCUGAUUUUAAGGUCAUGCCCGAGGGUUGGGAUGGCACCACUCGAGACCCGGAUGAGGUGCACUAUGAGAUCUCUAUGAAAGAGGAUGAAAUGCUUUACAAAGAAUUUGUCGAGCGGAUGAAUUUCAACAAAAUGAAGAUGGCCAAGCAGGUGAAAUGCCACAAAUACAGCCGGAGACGUCCUUCCGAAGGAUGGAAUUUCAUGGUGGAGAAACUUGGUCCGCGCGGAAAACGUGGCAAUGGAGGCGGGUUCAAGUUUAUCAGCAAUCCAGAUGGCUCGAGCAGACCUCUCAAUGAGUUUGAAAAGAUGUUUGUCAAAAGAGAGACUCCUCGUAGGCGCCGCAAGAUUCUCCCUUAGGUUAGUUAUCCUACAAUUAUACACUGAUCUACAAUUUUCUGAGUUUUGGUAGCUUAUGUCGCCAACUAAGGUGUGGUACCAAUUAAUUGUCUGCUUGCUAGUUCUAGUGAGUUCUUAAUUGUCUGUUAUACAGCAAUUUCAUCGAUUUUCAUCAAAUAUUCGUAACUUGUUUGGACGUAUUUGCUGCAUAAAUGAUACGAGGAGUUUCACAAA